AUGACUUCAACUAUGGAUAACCAAAUCGAAAGUAAUAUUUUAGGUGUAUACGAAAAUUAUUCGGCUAAAAAUCCAUCACUCAAAAAUUCAUUCGAAGAUUACUGUUCGAAUAAAGAUCUUUCACUCGAAGGCUACUGUCCCCCGACUUAUUUGACUAAAGAUCUAUCGGUCGAAUCUCCAACCGGAGUAUUAAACUCUCAACGUUUCUCUUAUGCUUCUACUGCAUCUUCCGAGUUAUCAAAUCGUUCCUCAACUGAAGUUAACAGAGAGUCAAUGGCUGCAUUAAGACAAAUCAAAGAAUGGGAGAAAAAAUACAACGAUACUUCGAACGAAUUGGAAAGAUUAAAAUUGGAAACUCUAGAGUCGAAAGAGUUAAAUAGAGCUCAUGUUAGAACGAUUAGACAAUUAGAACAAGAUGUCAGUCAACUAAAAAUUGUAAAUAAAUCGUUGUUCAAUGAUAAUAAGGAACUUCAAAUUCGGCUUUCGGAUAAAGAAGGAGAGUACCAAAAAAUGGAAGAAUUGUAUUUGGAAGAAAGACGAAAUAAUAAUGAAAGACAUUUAAAAUCUGAUUCAUUGACAUCUACUUUAUCUGAUGACAGAGAGACACUAGUUGGAGAACGUGUGCAAAAAGAAAGUGAUCAUACUUUAAUUGAAGAACUCCAAAAUAAAAUUAAAACUCUCAAAGAUGAUAAUGAAUCAAUGACUUUAUAUAUCCAAAAAAUGUUAAACCGUAUAAUGGAAGUAAAAGGUUUUGAAGAUACUUUGGCAACCGAUUGGACUUCAGAGCGAUCAAACAAGACUACCACUCUCGCCACGAAACCCAUAGAUGUCUCUUCCGAGAACCAACCAAAACCUUCCAAGAAUUCACGUUCAAAUUCCCUAAAGAAUAAUUUCAAAUUCCCUCAAAAUGGAGAAAUAAUACAAGAAAAUUCUGAACCAGAGAAUCUUUCAUCAUAUUCACCGAGCUCACCAACGAUUGUUGAACAAUCACAUGAAGAGGAUACUACUACAGUAACGAGAGCACGUAAAGGUAGUAGUUCAGCAGAUAGCGUGAUAGUGCGAGAAACAAUUACGAGUGCUAGAACUUUUGCUGAUCCUCCAAAGAAAGAGGACCCUUAUAUGAAACCCAUUUUGCUCGUUCAAGCAAAUGAGAAGAAAUAA